UUUUUCAUGUUCAUGUUGCAGCGAAGAAAAACACAACAAAUAAGUCUUUGCAGAACGGACUCUGUCAGGAGGCAUCCUGGAUGCAGAUAUACUCACCCAGAGGUUGUUUUCAACAUUUGGAUUUGACAAAGAUAACCAAAUGGGAUCAGAGGACAGAAAAAGCUCAAAAGGACAACCAAGAGGUUUCAAAAGCAACAUGGUCUUCCUCUUGAUGAUCAUGAUGUGUUUUCUUGUGCUUGUUGGUGGAUUUUCAUUGCAGAGCUGCCAACUCAGCAACAACAAAGCCAUAUGUGUGAUGAGGAGACUAACUACCAUUCCUCAGGACAUCCCCCCAACAGUUACUGGCUUUGACCUAUCUGUAAACAGGCUGACAAGAAUACAGCAAUCAGAUUUUACACCUUUGCCUCUUCUACUGUACUUGGAUCUGAAUCGCAACAAGAUUUUGCAGAUUGACAGCGCUGCUUUUGCCACUCUGACUUCCCUCAAAAAGCUGAAUCUUAACAACAAUAAAGUUGUUAAACUGGAGGAGAGAGCUUUCGAUGGCUCAAGCAACCUCAUUGAGUUACGAAUUAAUCAUAACCAGAUUAAAGCAGUGUCAUCUACAUCUUUUCUGUCCUUGACAAAAUUAAAACUUUUGGACAUUUCUUACAACAAACUGCAAAAGAUCACGGAUCUUCAUCUCAUCCUGCAGCAUAUGCCACAGCUAGAGGAGUUGGUGCUGAGAGGAAAUAGCUUAAAAACUUUUCAUUCAUGGGAACUUACCAACCACUCACUCGAUCUUCGCACUAUUGAUUUGACUUUUAAUCCAUUGCAAGACUUUAGGAUCACUGCUGAUGUCUUCCAAAAUCUCAGCCGCCUGAAGAUCGGGAAUCCUUUUGGCAACAAACCAAUGACGUGGGACGUGAGAAACAACACUUUCCUGAGCAGAGUGUCCAGCCUUGACGUCAGCGGACUUAUCGUACCUCUUGAUGACAUGGAAACGUUGCUUCAAGCGGUCUUCAUUCGCUGGAUUUCCUCAUCGAUGCUAACCUGACCAAGCUGGAGUUCCUGCAGUAUGAUGCCUUUGUCUCCUACAACUACAAUGAUGAGCCCUGGGUGAUUGGAGAAAUGUUACCCAAACUGGAAGGAGAGCAGGGCUGGAGGUUGUGUCUGCACCAUCGAGACUU